CCCUGUGAAUGACUCGAAGUCGAGUUCGCUGAUUAGUAAACAAACGAAAUGUGAUUCCUUGUUUCUUAAUAUUAUUCAAUUAAAAGCAAAAUAUAGAAAGUACUACGUCCUUUUAAUCAUUUAGAAAUCGACCAUCUAAUGGCAGUGGCAUUCAGUUCAAACGACGCGGCGGUCCUCGAACGUCAGCUGGAGAUUUCAGGGGACGACCAGCAUCCGUCAGAAGUCAACAUCGAGAGCAUCUGGAACGAGGAAAUUCGGCAGCAGUGCAGUGACUGGAUAUUGGCAAAGAAGUACACAAAAAUUUGUCUCCAAUUCCCCGAUGCCUUGUUGCCGUUCAGUUCAACGAUAUCGGAACAGCUGGAGCAAGCGGUUAAGGAUGCUGAGUUUUUUAUUUUAGGAGACACUUCUUAUGGCAGCUGCUGCGUAGAUGAAAUCGCUGCUUCCCAUGUUUCGGCCGAUGCGAUAAUUCAUUUUGGACACGCAUGCCUGAGUCGCUCAGUGCGUUUGCCCACGCAUUACGUAUUUCUCCGAGCUCGUCUUGAUGCGGAUCGCUUGAUGGAGGCACUUCAGCAUCAGUUCCCGGAUGUGCAAACCAAAUUGAUGGUUUUCUAUGAUGUUAGCUUUGCUUACUGUAUGGAUUCGAUUGAGGAUAAAUUGAGGGAAUACUUCAAAUACUUAACAAUUUGUCAGCGGGCUGCGUGUGAGGAACCGAACAAUCUUAGCUGGAAACUGGAAGGAUUGUCUACCGAGGAUGCGUGCUGUGUUUUCAUUGGACACGACAAUCAAAGCUUCUUCAACAUUUCGAAUAGUGUAAAAGCGGAAAAAUGGUUCCGUUAUGAACCGUCCAGCGAUAGCUUAGUUUUGGCUGAUCCGUUAAACUGUAAAUGGUUACGUCGUCGUUUCUAUUACAUUGAAAAAUGUAAAGAUGCCCGCUCUUUAGGAAUAGUUGUAGCGACGCUGACUGCAAGUGGGUAUCUGGAUGUCGUUAAUAGGAUUCAACAACUAGCGAAGGCACGUGGCAUUCGUACCUACAUAAUAUCUGUGGGGAAAAUAAAUUCGGCCAAGUUGGCGAAUUUCGCUGAAAUUGACUGCUUCGUGCUGGUCGGCUGCCCGGAGAAUGACCUCUUCACGUCUCGAGAUUUUUUCAAACCUCUGGUAUCGGUAUUCGAGUGCGAGUUGGCAUUCAACCCCGCCUGGAUCGGACAGUUUCCUUCCCGGUAUAGUACGGAUUUCGCGGAGAUUCUACCCUCUGGAAGCUUGUAUCGACCGUUCGAUCCGAAAGCCAUCGAUUCCGAGGCGGCUGACGUUAGCUUAGUGACCGGGUCGGUGAGGAAUACUGUGCGCAAUAACGAGGCAACCGUUGAUGAAAACAACUGCCAGCAACUGUUGCUGCGAGGUCGGAAUGAGGUGGCUACCGUAAGCUCGGGAGAUGCCUUUCAGAACCGCAGCUGGCAGGGACUGGGGCAGAACUUGGGCCGCGAUGCUCCGGCCGUAAUUGUGGAAGGCCGGAGGGGAAUUCCUAUCAAGUAUGAGAACGAUUUGGGAGAGAAAUAAAAUGUUGGAUUUUAUAAAAAAAGGUUUUAAGAUUUGCUUGAGUUGUUAAGGACAAACGACUAGCUUUUUUUUCGUAAAAUAUUUACUAGCUAUCCCAGAAGAUAACUAUAAAUUAUCGCAGGAGCAUUUUUCAAGCGAGUAUAACAACCCGAAUGAAAUUUAAAUUUGAAACCAGCUUUUAUACAGCACUCAAGAAAUGAAAGAACUUUUGAAAUACAGUUGG